AUGAAUAUAAGAUUCCACUUGUUCGAUGGUUCUCCUCCCAAACUGAUUGUUACUGGCGAGUCGUUGAAGAACAAAGGUAAAAUCGAUUUUCACUUAUUCCGGCUUCUGAUGAUACUUCGAAAACCAUGGUUAGUACCCAUUAUAGCGGUUGUAUGCGCUUUAAUCGCCAUGCUCAGCGGGUAUAUCAUUGGAGUUGCCGUUGAUCAUUAUCCUCCUCUGCUCCCGUUUAUAAGUGAUGGUGGUGGUCGCGUUCCAGAAGCUUCCGUCUUUGGACAAUUUCUUAACACAGCUGCCUUCCUUUAUAUUUUCACAAUUUACUUGAUAUAUCUGGAGACUGUCGAAUAUUAUGGUCAUUGUAUGAAAUGGAAAAGGACUCGAUGGUGGAAAGUCUCGAUAUCAUUACUGUUCCUAGGGAUUGCGUGUGCAUACGGUAUGACCAUUGUAGGAAAUUUUCGGUACACUGAAAUCAAGACUGUCCACAUGAUAGGAGCAAUGCUAACUUUUGUUGGUAUGGUUAUAUACGGAUGGGGACAGGUAAUCACUGGGUACAUCUUACAGCCAAGUAUGGCGCCUAAGCUGCUACGGCACUUUCGGUUAUUGAUCAUAAUCCUUACAACCUGCUGUUUGAUACUGCAUCUUCUGGCUGAAGUUUCGCCUGUUUUUAUACCACCUGGUGCCGGAAAGUAUCCUGGAGGAAAUGAAAUUAACAGGACUAGUGAUUCUCCGUUCUUCCGUACAUUCAUAAUAGCCACAAGUGGAGAAUGGGCAAUGGUGUUACUAAUGCAGCUAUUCGUUUUAACAUACGUCAACGAGCUACGUUAUGCGGAGUAUUAUUCAUCUCGAAUUACGUUUUUGAACACAGCAGAACAAUAA